AUGUUAAUUAUACAUCCGCUCGAUUGGGAUCCCAUCCGUUGUUUCCCAGAUGGAAAACAAGAUGAUAAACCCAAGUCUAUAUGGGUUGAAGCAGUUAACUGUGAUACUUCUUGUCCCGUACAAAUCACGUAUUCAGAUGAAAAAGCUAUUGGAAGCGGUUCUUUUGGUGUUGUUUACGUUGCUACUUUGUCUGACGAUCGCAAAGUAGCAAUUAAAAAGGUUCUGCAAGAUAAGCGUUAUAAAAACCGUGAAUUACAGAUACUUCGAAAACUUAAGCACUGCAAUAUUGUUUCUCUGUAUUAUUACUUUUAUUCAACAUCAUCAAAACCAAAUGAGACUUACUUAAAUUUAAUACAAGAAUACAUUCCUCAAACAUUGAGUCGCCUUAUCAAACACUACUGGCGUAUUCGACAGAUAAUUCCACUUGUAUAUGUUAAGUUGUACAGUUUUCAACUUCUGCGUGGAUUGGCUUACAUUCACAAUCAAGGUGUAUGUCAUCGAGAUAUAAAGCCUCAAAAUCUAUUAAUUCAUCCAGAUCAAGGUUUAUUAAAAAUUUGCGAUUUUGGGAGUGCUAAGAUGUUAAAUCCUGAUGAACCAAAUGUUUCGUAUAUCUGUUCAAGGUAUUAUCGUGCACCAGAGCUAAUAUUUGGGGCUACUCACUAUACUGUACAAAUAGAUAUGUGGUCAGCUGGUUGUGUUAUUGGUGAGCUUUUAUUAGGUCGACCACUUUUUCCAGGCGAAUCAGGAGUUGAUCAAUUAGUUGAAAUUAUUAAAGUUCUUGGUACUCCAACGCGUGAACAAAUCCAUGAAAUGAAUCCUCAUUAUAGUGAAUUCAAAUUUCCAAAUAUUCAAGGAUGUUCAUGGGAAAAACUUAUUCGUAAUCGAAGUACAAACACAGCAGCAUUCUAUGUACUUGGAAAAUUGUUAGUUUAUAGUCCCAAAACUCGUAUGACUGCUUGUAAUAUUUUGAGUUGCUGUUUUUUUAAUGAUCUUAUCUUGCCACCUCCUGGUCAUUCAAUCGAUGCAACAGGUUAUUUACCUAGUGGUAAACCGGCGCCGAAUUUUUUGAAUCAAUUUACUGAACAAGAAUUAUCAUAUUUUCCAAAAGAAAUGACUACACGAUUACGUGCAUUAAAAGCUUCAAAAAGUCAAUCAGUUAUUCCUUUCAAUCAAACUAUACGUCUUAGCAACAACAACAAAAAAACAACCCAUGAUACUACUGAAUUACUGUCAUCUUAUUUAUAUAUUGUGCAUGUAUGAAUGAAUGAAAGAAUGUAUAUCUGGCGAUAUAUACUGGAUUAUGUUAUCCAUUUCAAACAACAGUCACAUUAUAAUGUAAUUUUCUCAAAUAGAAUAUCAUUUACUAAUAUUUAUUCUCUUAUGUAUGUAGAUCCACCUCAGUUUUACAUUGUAAUAAAUAAUUGAUGUAUUUUGUUACAUAAUCUACCCUCCCUUUCAUCAUUUCAACUGUAUACAACAUACUGCUAUUAUCUAUUCCUCUCAUUACAUAAUCUUUUUUUUUUGUACCUUAUCAACAAUUUGUCUGUCUGUUUUUUUCUUUCUCCUUGACUUAUCUCGUUUCAAUUUCCGUCAUCACAAAAACAACAAUAAACCAGAUCUGUUUGUUUGAAUAAUUACAAUAAUGAUAGUGAUAAUUUUUCUUAUCUUUUUUUUGGUUGUUGUUGUUGUCCAUUUGUUCACUAUGUAAUAAUUGGUCAAUUAACGAGAAGUUGUCUAUUUUCAUUUCUUCUGUUGUGUGUACGUGUGUGUGUAUGUAUGUAUGUAUCUUAAUUCGUAUAGAUGUGUAUAUUUCCAUCGGACAAUAAUUUGUAUUAUUUUCAACAUGACAACCAAACAAUGUACUACUAUUUUUUCAUAUUUAGUAAUAACGCACAAUUAGUUAGUAGUAUUACUAGUAGUAGUAGUAGUAGUACUUAUUAAUGUUGAGACAUUAUUCUCAUUAUUGAAUUCAUCAUAAAAUAAAACGUUUUAAUCAUGUACAAAAAUUCCAUUGUAAAAUUCAUCUUGACUUUUAUUUUGUUGUGUCUCUUUCUCUUUGCAAAUGGUCUAUUUUGUUUCUUUCCAUUAUUGUCUCAUACAUCAUCAUCAUCUCAUGGACAAUGGAUUAUUUCAUUCUUUAUCAUAAUAUCAAUAUUUCUUUACUCAUUAUUAUUAUUAUUAUUAUU